CAGGGAGGAGGCGCACUGAGCAGACGGCCGCACCAAACCCCACCCCAUUUGGCUUUGGGAUUUUGUGUGGAGGAAAUAAGCCCAAAAUUGAGAAAAUUCCCCGAUUAAACGCCGCUUCCCCUUCGUGGCGAAAGGCGGGCUGAAAGAGGAGAGGAAGGAGGUGAAAUUAGUCCCGAAGUUGGAGUGAAAGGAAGUCAAAAUUGGUAAUAAUAUUAGUUGAUCAGCAAACAUGGCGUGCUGUUUAAGCGAAGAAGCCAAGGAACAGAAGAGGAUAAAUCAAGAAAUAGAACGACAAUUAAGGAAAGAUAAGAGAGAUGCCAGAAGAGAACUCAAACUACUGUUAUUGGGCACAGGAGAAUCUGGCAAAUCUACCUUCAUCAAGCAGAUGCGUAUUAUCCACGGUGCAGGUUACAGCGAUGAUGACAAACGAGGGUUCAUCAAGCUGGUCUUCCAGAACAUCUUCAUGGCCAUGCAGUCAAUGAUCAGGGCCAUGGACCUUCUUCAAAUAUCUUAUGGAGACUCUGCAAACAGUGAACACGCAGAUCUGGUGCGAGCGGUGGACUAUGAGUCAGUCACAACGUUUGAGGAGCCAUAUGUAACUGCCAUGAAAAGCUUAUGGGCUGACACCGGCAUCCAACACUGCUAUGAUCGUCGCAGAGAGUACCAGCUCACAGAUUCAGCAAAAUACUAUUUAACAGACUUAGACCGCAUAGCUGCCGAGGACUAUGUUUCCACACUACAAGACAUUCUAAGAGUGAGAGCACCCACAACAGGCAUUAUAGAAUAUCCCUUUGACCUAGAAGAAAUCAGAUUUAGUUAUCUUGAUGAUUUGGAGCGUAUCAUAUCAUCGGACUUCUUACCGACCGAGCAGGAUAUUCUUAGGGCUCGAGUACCAACCACUGGAAUCAUUGAGUACCCCUUUGAUCUGGACUCAAUCAUCUUUAGAAUGGUAGAUGUCGGUGGUCAGCGAUCUGAGCGACGGAAGUGGAUUCAUUGCUUCGAGAACGUCACCUCCAUCAUUUUCCUGGUCGCACUUUCUGAGUAUGAUCAGAUCUUGUUUGAGUCUGACAAUGAGAACCGAAUGGAAGAAUCAAAGGCCCUGUUCAAGACCAUUAUCACAUACCCCUGGUUCCAGCACUCGUCUGUUAUUCUCUUCCUUAACAAGAAGGAUCUGUUGGAGGAGAAGAUCAUGUACUCACAUCUGGUGGACUAUUUCCCAGAAUAUGAUGGACCAAAAGAGGACCAUGUUGCAGCUCGUGAAUACGUUCUGAAGAUGUACCUUGCCCAAAACCCAGAUCCCGACCGAAUGUGUUAUUCUCACUUUACUUGUGCCACAGGCCCACAGAGGGAUGCCAUUGCAGCACGGGAGUUCAUCCUACGUAUGUUUGUAGAAUUAAAUCCUGAUCCUGAGAAGAUUAUAUAUUCACAUUUCACAUGCGCGACAGACACUGAGAACAUAAGGUUCGUCUUCGCUGCCGUCAAAGACACAAUCCUGCAGCUAAAUCUAAAGGAAUACAAUCUGGUGUAACGUAGAGCUGUGCCCAACUCUGGCCGAAAGUGUACCCAAGGUGAAGUGACAGCAUACCCCCCUACUCUUGUGAGGGGCUGUCGGUUGAGGCCUCACUUCAUCACCCUAACAUGGACACUAAACUAUGAAGGCAGUCAUAUUUUGCAUUUUUAAAACCCAUAUUCAGUGUCCCAAAGAAAUAAAGGCUCUAUGCCCAAAGAUUUGUGUGAGCCUUCAGUUCCCUUCCAAGUCAAGCCAUCCUGUUUGGGACAGCUUCAGCUAUUUGCAGACAGCCUAAAUUGAGGAUGUUUUGAUGCCAAGGGGCUUGACACCUUCAAUUAUGUAGUUCCAAUUUAUGUAAUGUACGCCAUUUCCAAGUCCUCAGUUGCGUACAAUGUCUGUUAACCCAAAGUCUCACACCCGGAAGGGGCGGAUUAACUAGUCCAAAGCCAUGACUGGUUCCAUUUUUGACUGUUGCCAUGUUGCCAAAAGGACCGCCCCUACCCAUGUCCCGUGCUCAUUACCAACGCUGCCAACGAGCUUAGUGCUCUCUGGUCGUAAUGGUGCUCCCUAAGCCCUGAUUCACGCGUGUGGAUGUGUGUGUGUCGCUUAAGCCACACUCAGCCGCUGCUACAUGUGCGUAACUUGGAGCUAAUGUUAGUGUGUACACUGAUAAACAUCAUGGGCUGACACACUCCACAUCUAACGAAGUAUUGCUCCAGCCUCGUUUUCUUGCCUUUGCGGGAAAGUUUGCUUGCCUUGCAGGUGAUUGUUAGGAUGUUUUGUGUUGGUGGCUUUUGUAUAUUACACAUAUAUAAACAUUAUGUGGUCUAACGUUUCAUCUUUAGUGUGUGAUAAUAUGUAGUUGAUCAUGAGAGGAGCUAUCCAUUAUGUAUAGGCCUGCAAAGUUUCCUGGGGGUUAAGGAAGAAAGAAGUGCUUGCUACUGAGACUUUUAUGCACCUCCAAUGUAAUGCAUCUGGACCACAAGUAAGUAGAGCACAGAAAACUACUUGAAGAUGCAACAGCCAAAUGCAGUGAGUCUUAUGGCGUCCAGAGUGUGAGAAAAGAGAAAGAGUCAACAGAACAACAGAGAAGGAACAACAGAAGAAGAAGCAGUUUUAAAUUCUGAUUUCUGAGAGUGAUACUUAGAAAUGUUAAGCAUUGAGUACUUUGCUGCCACUUACCUUAGGUUGGUACAAAUCUGAAUAAAUCAGGUACCACGUAUGAGUAGCUGCUGUAAGAUUUGGAAAUGUAUCUACCUAUGAGGGCAUCAGUGCUUGUGAUAUAUUGGUGGUAGCGAGUAUGGCUUUAAAAUGUCUCCUUAGAUAGCCAGAUCUCCUCUGCCUGGUGAAAGGCAAAGCCAGGUACCAACACUACCUACCAAGUGACACAGAAGCUUAUUGGUGAGGUGCUACAGACUGUAGGCUCUUAAUAUCUACUCUUGCGUCAAAAAGUGCAAUUCAAAGAUAGCUGACUCGGAGCUGAGACUUAAGACUCUUGUGGCUUAUGCGAAAGUGAGCCUAGAAUGGUAUUUUUGAGUAUCACUAGCCAUUUACUGAUAAUCAUGCUUGUAUGUGACGUGUGUUCAAUGCAACCUGGGCACAAGGGUGUGCCUGCAAACGUGUCCAGCACUGUCCCCUGUAGACGGAAGCACUAGUCAGUAUGGGCGCGGGUAAACACAAUUGCCCACUGCUCAUGUUACUUGUAUAUAUGUGUCUGUAAUAAUAACUAUUAGGUGUAUGGGUGCGGGGUAACCUGGUGAACCCCCAUGGAUUGCCAAUAGAGAAGGUAGCGAAUGAACGGAUGCUGAGAGUAAAUGAACAGACCACGGACAAAGACGUUCCAAAAGCUUGGCGCACCCUAGCGAAAGGGCUGUGUGCUAAUUCUAGUCUCUGGUGCCAUCAGGUGUUUCUUACUAGACAAGCCCAUUCAAUUUUGGGCUGGUCUGAACCUGGCCAUUCUGGCAGACAAACUCGGAUCAGCUGGUGAGGGAGAAAAAACCCGUAGUUGACAGCUGAGCAGAGCAGGCAAAGUGGCUCAUGAUGAAAGCUUUGCCUGCAGCGUAGACUUAGCUCAAUCCCCAGCCAUGUGAGGAACGCAUGGCACGUGUGCUUCUGCUUGCAGGUUCUGCCAUGUUUGUUGGGCUGCUUGUAUAAUUAGUAGAGAGACUAAUGGAAUUACACACAGCCCUGGAAAUGAGCCUUGACCUUCCAAUCGUUUGUACACUUGUUGUUAUAUUCUUAACUUCAGGUUGCAUUUUGUCUAUUGUUUGUAGUAUGUACAGACCAAGUAAGGUAUUAUUUUUAUUCAUUAUCAUUACUUUUAUGGAAAGAAUGUGUUGACAAGUAAUUACCAAUCAUGUGUAUUCAAAAAGACUUGUACUAAGGUUAAAAAUUGAAAACCCCAUAUGUACCAAAGUAUAACUUGAUUUUAUUUUUGAAGUGGCCGACAUGUAGCAUGCAGUAGUAGUGGGCGGAGGAGGCAACCACAGAGCCACCCCGCUAACCCGCCCCGGUAUUUAGCACUGCCUACUGCUCCACCCACCCUGGGUCCUCCCCCGGCCCUGGGGGGCAUGGAAGCAUUGGCACCGGGGCAGGUGUAGCUUGGGGGGGCCAGGGCCCCAGUCUCCCCCCUGCAGGACCCUGGCCCCUCCCUGGCAUGUUGUCGCAAGAUGUAACCACCAGAGAUGAACUAAACCUUUCUAAUGGCUGCACCUUGCCCUGCCUCCUUCCUGGUGCCUAGCCAGUCACAACAGCGGUGUUUGGCUAGGUACUAGUGUGUGGGCAGCAAAAGGUCAACAAUACACCUGCUGCCCACAUUUCCACCCAUCCUCUGCAGUGCUUCAACCACACCAACUCGGUCCACUACUGUACUAUUCAUUAAGCUUCAGACCGAAAGAAUAAAGAGGGAUUUGUGUUUUAAGAAUAAAUAUUUAUUGAAACAA